AUGAUUUGUGUAGAAAUUUUGGGUGUAAAAUCUGAUAGUUCUGAUAAAGAAAUCAAGCAAGCAUAUUUCAAAUUAGCAAAGAAGUAUCAUCCAGAUUUAAAUCCAGGUUAGGAAGCCAGAUCCAAGUUUGAUCAAGUAUCAAAAGCUUAUGAGGUUCUUUCUGAUAAUACAAAGAAAGACUCUUAUGACUAGCAGAUGGGUUUUGGAAAAACAAAUAUGAAUGACUUUAAUUAUAAUCAAACUGCCCGUUCAGGCUCAAGGAGUGCAGGAACUUACAGUGAUGAUGAAUAUCAAAAUGUUUAUUAGGAUAAGAGGACUAAACCAAAAAGGGAUCCAGGAUAUUAAUAAAAUAAUUGGCAGUUUAAUGAGAAAGCAGGUGAAUAGUUUAGAAAAGAUUCAGAAGAUCAUGCCAAUGCAAAGUAGCAUGCUACUAAAGAAGAUUUUGCUAAAAAAGUCUGGGACGAAUUCGAUGACUUUUUCUAAUUCAAUGAUACUAAUUCUCAUAGUAGAGAUGAUACUAAAGGAGCAGAUUAUAAGGCGGAUAUAGAAAUAGAGUUCAUGGAUGCUGUCAAAGGCUAAGCGGAAAUGAAUAAAAGAGUUAUCUGCUACUCCUGUAAAGGAAUGAAAGCAAAAUUAGGAAGCCAACCUCGGAAGUGUUUUGAAUGUGGAGGUAGGGGCAGUAUUAUUGGCAAUUAUGGAAUUAGAAAAAAGUCUAAUCAAGUUAAUAGAGAUUGUGAGGGAUUAGGAGUUCAAAGAUAAGUAAUAAAGGAAGAUGUAGAGUUACCACCUGGAGUUAAUGAUGGCCAAAAGCUUAAAGUAAUGGGAAUAGGACAUGCCUCUGAUGUAUUCUAAGGUUCUCCUGGAGAUUUAUUGCUUCAUAUAAAAGUCAAGGAGCAUACUAUAUUUAAGAGAGAGAACUAAAAUAUCAUAAGUGAUGUAGCAUUAAACCUCUCCUAGGCUAUUCUAGGAUGCAAACUUACAAUUGAAACUCUUGAGGGGAAAAUUAAUAUAGAAGUGAAUCCUGGAGUAAUAAAUGGCUAGGAAAUGAUCUUAAAAAAUUUAGGUAUUUAACCUUUCCAUCCGCCUGAUAAUUAUGACAUUAAUUCUUUGAGAGGAGAUCAUAUUAUAAGAUUUAGGGUUUAACUCCCUUCAAAACUAACUGAAGAACAAAAAGAGCUUUUAAAAGAAUUUUAAAAACAUGAAGCUUAAAAUAAGGACAAAUACUAUGAGAGAAAUAAUCCUUUUUAGCAAAACUAGAGUCAUUAAUAAUCAAGCAAAUAGGAAGCACAAUAAAAUCAAUAUAAAAGUUAAAAAAAAGAAGCAUAGGAUGGGGGAGGUUUCUUCAGUACUUUCAAAAGCAUAUUUAAAUGA